AUGAUUGACAACGAACUACGACAGCUGAAAGAAUCUUUGACUAGAAACGCUUAUUCCGAUGCAUUUAUCGAAAGGCACAGCAAGCCUAAAGUGAUCAGACAAACGAAUUCGUCAGCAGAAAAACAACUAGUCACCAUUUGUCUUCCAUUCAAACGUGAUGACAUCAAUUGCUUGCUCAAACGACCACUUGGAUCAGUGCUUGCCCGAACAUAUUAUGCAGCUGACCUCAGAAUGGUUCAUCGAACGAUUGAGAUCCCCACAACGUCGGUGAAACAACGUCCACCUCUGUACACCAAAUCGAAUCUUAUUUCAUGA